AGAUUAGAUUCAACAAUGGAGUGAAACUCAAUGGGUUUAGCACUUGUCUCUUAAAGACAGAUGUCAAGCAGUCCAAAUUCUCCCCAUUCCCAAAGUGGGUGUUUGUUUUGGCUUUGAUUACAGCUUUUACAUCAAGCAUUUAUUCUUUGUUUCCGACACUCCUUGUGCCGAGCACUCACUUUGGGAAAGUGCCAUGGACAAGGCCUCCAUUGGUAUUUUGCUGGAGGUGUUCUGCAAUGAGGCAUGUUGUUUGUGCGCUUAUGCAACGUUGAAUGAUUAAUCUGAUGCUGCACCUUUGCGUACAUGUCUUGUAUUCAGACGAGUAACUUGCUCCACCAACGGAGCCCAGUUUCCACUGCACUGGGUUUGCCUGGGCCUCCAGAACUGUGUUCUCAAUGUCAUUUUCAUGCUUCAAGGCGUAUCCAUCGAGGCCUUGCAAACUUAAAAACGAUGGGGUUUGUGUACAUCCGCAACAGUAAAAACAAAAGUUGGUGAGGUUUUUUUGGAUGUAUUUUUUUGACCCGUUCGCUCGCUGUUGAACUUAGUUCCAGUCAAUAUCCAAGAGCCAUGGUCAAGGUGCUCAGUCUGAAUACCACGCUCGUAAUUUGUGCUAAUUUUAGGAAUGGCUCAACUCUGUUAUAUGUAUUUAACACUAGCCUCAGUGUUAGCAAUAGGAUUAUUGCAGCGUCCUGGAUUUGAAACUGUAUUAUCUCCCUUUUGCGUAGAAUGUCUUUAUAAAAUUAAAAAGCUCAAAGCCCUGUUGCUCUUUAAGUGGACUAUGCGACUAUCAUUGGGCAAACCCAGUGAACUUUAGAUGUGGGCAGUGGCAUUUCAAGCACAACCCCGCAUAUAUUGGCACUCCUUUUAUCAUACUCGGGAGUGUUGGCAUGUGCCCCUCAAUAUGGCACAUUCAUGGGCAUUUUUGGAAAAAGGGAGAUUACAGUGAAAAUCCUGCUUUUUUUGCGUGUGUGAGCAUUUAUUGCAGGUUGGGCGAUGUUACGUUGUCAGAAGGGGCUGCGACACCGAGUUUAAAAAGAAAUUGGGGAGGCUGUUUUGUUGUGCUUUUCUUCAAUAGGUGCAGAUAUCCUGGAGAAGCAGAAUUGGAAUCCACGUGUGUUUGGUAUUAAUUAAAUUAGCCAUUAUACACCAAAAAAAAAGUUCCCAGUUCAAGGCUGCGGAAUCUCUUGGAAGAUUGUAGAAAGGAUGGGUUAUUUUCCCCCAGCCGCUGUAAAAGUAGCAGAUCUCCCCGUCUACGUGGUUGUGAACUUUAUUGGAGGAGUUGAUUUUUAAUCCCUGGCUUCCUGCAGUUCAACAGAGCGGAAGAUGGACUGACUCACUGUAAACACCUUCAAGUAGAGAGUAUUUCUAAGGCAAUUUGUGUAUGCAGAUCGCAAAUCUUUCUACUCAGUGUGUGACGAUGGAGGUGACGCUGAGCCAUUGCUAACUGACGGAUUCAGUGUUGAUUGACCUGCAGGGGAACAUCAGCUGAUGUCAGGAGGAAAGGGUCUUCAUUGACGACUCCCGAGGUUAGAUAGAGGGUGAAGAAGAUUACAGAAGAUUAGUAUAUGCUCUACGCCAUUAGAAGACUAAUACUGAGAUUCAACAAGACAAAAGUGGGGAAAACCGAAGCAACAAAAAGAUCUAUUCUACCAAAGCCAUGGCUCGUCAAAGCGAUGAUUGCUACUUCUAUUUUUACUCCACAUGUACCAAGGGUGACAGCUGUGUGUUCCGUCACUGCGAAGCAGCUCUUGGCAGCGAGACAGUCUGUAACCUGUGGCAGGAAGGCCGCUGCUUUCGGCAAGUCUGCAAGUUCCGACACAUGGAGAUUGAUAAGAGGAGGAGUGAAAUCCCAUGUUACUGGGAGAAACAGCUCUCAGGAUGUACAAAGCUGAACUGUGCUUUCCGCCACUGCAAGCCUCGCUUCAUUGAGGGAAUCUUCUUUCCUCCCACAAAAGGUAUCCAAAGCAAACCAGAAGUGACUGAGCUGGGAGAAGAAGCCAAGAUGCCACAAUCGACUGUCAACCAGUUACAGCAGCCGAAGCUGCCGAUUCAGUCAAACCCGUCUCCGCAGGUUCGGGGGGUCAUGAAAAUGGAGGCAUCUGAGAACGUGCCUAGCCCAACACAUCCUCCCGUAGUAAUCAAUGCAGCGGAUGAUGAUGAAGAUGAUGAUGAUCAGUUUUCAGAGGAAGGAGAAGAAAACAAAAACAUUCAAGUCUCAACCGCAGACGAGCAGAAUGGCAUUCGGGUCAUUUCCACCAAGAAACAGGCCAUCGCUAUUCAGCAAGAUGAGAAUUUGGAUUUUGGCAUUAAAACUCUGGAACAGAUCAAACGGAAGAAAGCCAUGAAGGAGAAGCUGAAAAAAUUAGACGAACCCUCGGCAGAGCUGAUCCAAAAGGUGGAAGAAAAUUGCGAGAACUUUGUUAUUGAAAAGGAAAAUGUCCGGGCGGUUUUCCGGACAGUGACCUUGUCUCCAAAGAAGGGUGAUGGUGAGCCUCUGUUUAAACACAAUCUUGCUGAAAGACUUGGCAAAAAGAAACUGUCGCCAAAGAGCAGCGCCGAGGAGGUGCCACAGAAAGCCACAAUCGCUGAGAAUGAAAUACUUCUGAAGCGCAACCUUAGCGAUCGGUUGGGCAAACGGAAGGUGAAAAUGGACGAGGAACCUGAUGAGCUGCCACACAAAAUUCAAACUCCCAGGCCCAUGAAGGAGCGUCUUGGUCUGCCUAUGGAGGUGGUGAACACAGACAGAGAUAAGCCUGGAAAUAAAGCGGACGUGGCUGGAGAGAUCCGAGUGAAAACCCUGGAAGAGAUUCGCAGGGAAAAGGCAGCCAAGAAAGAACUUGUCAAUGACGACAAUGAAGACCCCAAGACUGAUGACGCUGUCGUCGUGAAUAAAAAAAAACCUGACCAGGUCUUCGGUGUACUGGAGGAAGCCGCCAAGAUCGUCAGAACGAUCCGGGUAAAAACCUUCUCUGAGGCCCUUCUGGAGAAGAAGCAGGCCCAGCUUCUGGAAGAGAAAGAGAAAGGGAAAGGGAAGGGCUGCUCACCCACAAAGCAGCCUGAAGAUGAGCCAGCGAAAGAGGGGAACUCGGGAACAGUGAAAGCGAGAAGCCGAAAGGCAUCCCCCGAGCAAACUGCGGUGCCGCCGAAGCCGUUCGAAAAAGUGAGAGUGAAAACACUGGAGGAGAUCCGGCGCGAGAAGGCCCUGCGAAGGCCGCCGAACCAGGAGGCGUCCGCCCCACAACAACAGGACGACAAGCCCAAAACCGAAGCAGCCCCGACCAGACGAAGGAUAAUGAGGCUCCCCAAACCUACUGAAACUGUCAAGCCAGAAAAGGCAGAGACACAGUCAGUGGAGUCUAUCAUUGAUACUGCUGCUGAAGGUGACGCAAAGGAGAUUAAGGCUGCAAGUGGGAAGGAAACUCCUGUGUUGCAAAAAGUGCAGGUGAAAAGAUUGGAAGAAAUCCUCAAAGAAAAGCGUCUUCGCAAGCAACAGGAGACUGAGAAGCUGUUGAACAAAACCCAGGUGGGAGAAGAAGCGCCGGUGGUCAGUACUGCGGAAGAAGCCAAUGGGACCAGCCAGACCGAAGUGGAGAAGAAAACGCAGGAGGCAGCCCCUAUGGAUACGAGACCAAACAACCGCCUCACAGUGGAGAGGCCGGCCGAGAAGGCCCAGGAGAAGCUGGUCAUUGCCAAGCCUGUAAAGGCAGAGCCUGCCCCGGCUCCAAAAGUGAAGCCCAAAUUAAACGUGAAGCCUUCUGUGGUGAAGAGCCCAGUGAGACUGAGCCAGAAGCGUAAAUCCCCAGAUGGGAACCCUUCUGCCAUUGUGGCAGUCAAACCACUCAACGCCGUCACUCCUGAUGUGGGUGGACAGCUAUCCCCAAAGAGAGCUGUCCUGGCUCUGCCAUCAAGAAGCAAGCGAGAGACAGUAUCGUCUCCGAUUGUGGAAGUGCCCGAAACGUCUAUGGAAAGCGUACAUUUAGUGGAGCAAAGUAAGCCCCCGCCGUGCGUGUCGCUGCCAGAGAUGGCCAACUUCUCCCCUCCCCGGCCGGCCGUCAAAGCCCGCAGAGCCAGCUCCACCGCCAGCAAGACCGUCGAGGACGACUUCGAGGAGCUGAUGAAAGAAUUUUCGGAUGAUAAACUGGAAGCAGAGAUCGAUCUGGACCCGGGGAAAGAUGAGGACGACUUGCUGCUUGAACUCUCCGAGAUGAUUGACAGCUGAAGAGUCCAUUGUGUUAUUUUUAAAAAAAUGAAACCCAGCUUCCCCUGCGGAGUGAUCUUGAUAGUAAAUGGAGAGUAGCCUGGACCUACUUUUUGCAUAGGAAUAGGGCUCUCUAUAUUUUUAAAGUUGCGUAUAAGUAUCUGUGAUAAGGGUACUGCAUUUUCGUAUAUGGACGGAAGCCAAAUCUGUUUGACUGUUGACAUUGAGACCAAAUUACAUCACCUGGCCAUCUACAACCAUUAGACUACUAGCCACCUCCCUAUUCUUUCUCGUUCCCCGCACCCCCCCCCCCCCCCACCAUCACCAAAAAAAAAGCAAUGCCGGUGCUUUGCCCAACAUAGAUCAGCCUGUUAUCAAGAUGUUGCGAUACGCUUCAAUCUGAAAGCUUUGUUAUCGAGUAUGGUGCUCUCCGUAACCCAGGGCAUUUUGAUCGGUGAAGGCAACUAUCUUCCGACUGGGACACUAAUUUCAUAACACUUGUUUUCCCUUGGGCUAGACGUAAGGGGAAAUGGCAAUGCCCUGUCCUGAUUACUUGCUUUCCAUCAAUAAUUAGGUCAUUUGACUCAUUGUGGCAUAUUCUGUUCUCAUGCUGGCAUUGCCCUAAUGGGUUUAAUGGCUGUGAUCUUUGUGGAACAGCCUUGGAUUUCUGUGCACCUUGCUGUGUGUUGGAAAGGACUCUGGAGUAGAGUUAAUAAGGAGAGCCUUCAAUGAAUUUGUUAAAUGUUUGGCGUUUUAAACUCGUCAAAGCUUUUGGUAACUCGAGGCCUCUUACGUUUGAUCUGUUGGCCACGAGAAGCUUUAGACCCUUGCAAUUAGAGAACCCAAACCCAAAAUUGCACUGGGAGUUCCAGAGAAUUUGGGUCAUCGGUGUGAAACUUGGACACGUUUGGUUAUCAGAAGUUCUGAAGUGAGUUUGAGCAUUAACUGUUAUUUAAUGCAACUUGCCUUCCUGAUUUUGUGCUAGCUUAGCCCUCCAUUUGGUUUCUUAGUCGGACGUUUGUCUUACUCCAAUAUAGGUUCAUUUCCCAUGUCGCAAAGUGUAUUUUUAUCACAGACUGUGCUUGCUAGUAGUUAAAGUUGUCUUCGUUCUGAGCAUACGGGUAUUCAAAGUGGUUUUGGUGCUUGCAAUGCAACUGGUGCCAGGAAUUGUCCGGCUGUUUUCCUUUGUGUGCCAUGCAUUCAAGUCUUGCAGUUCAUUAAAAACCAAGAGGGAAGAAAGAUGCCUGUAGCAGUAGGUUACAUUCUAAUGGCUGGUUGUACUGAAGCUAUUUGGGGUGGAGAGGAGGAGGGAGCAUGAGAUGUGAUCCCAUAAUGCCAUUUGAUGUUUUGGUUGGUCCAAGUGACUAUUGCGAAAUAGAUACUUAAAAAAAAAUUGCAAAAGCACUUGCUGGCACUUCACCAGAUCGUAUGGCCCCUAAGAGACUGGACACAUUGAGAACAGUCAAGCUACCGAAUGUCCUUGUGCCCACACAGCCAGAACCCACUGGGAAGUUGUGAUCAGCCACUAAUAAAGGACGCAGCAUUGCUCACAAAGCCACCUUUGUGCAAAAGAGUGAAGAGACCAAGGAAGUGAAGAUUAUGUCCAGUAACUGGAGUAUCUCAGAUAAUAGGACCUUCAGUGUAUGAGCUACUCCCAAGUUCACCUUUGUGUAUAUCAAGAAGCCUCUGAUGACUACAGUGGUAUGCAGCCUCCUUGUAGUAGCAUACUGGUGAGGUACAUGCAAUGGUACAUCUCCGAACCUGAUUCUGCUAUCGCAGCCCUGGUUCAAGUAGGAUGGUGCGCCCGGUAUUAGUCCAGCAUUACCUUGCGACAGCUAUUGAAGGAGCUUGAAGAGAGAAGAGGAUGAUAUGGAGAAACUCUCCUUUUCAUAUUGUGGAAGACUUUAGGUUGGAGGAGUUCUUUACUGUGUGGAGGGAAUAGGUUAUUCAGUUGUCGAGACUGAAGCAUGUCCACUAUAUGGGAGCAUUUCAUAUGCAAAAUGUUAGUCUAGUUAACCUGCUUCACUGGGUCAUGUUCUUCAUAGUGCCUUGAAGUAGACUGAACUGCAUUGCAAUUUGCCUCCAAAUAGUCACUACACUUUACAGCAGUUACCUGUCAAUCAAAGCCCUUUUUUGAGACAUUUCAACUCAGUAGGUACUGUAUGUAAAUAGAAAUUUUGAUCACAGAACAUUUUGACACGUUUUCUCCUGCCGUCUGCAGUGAUCAUCAAGUCUAUAGGAUGGAGAUAAUUGCAAAAUGCUCUUCUAGUCCAAAAGCAAAGGGUAGAAGUCGCUGUUAAAAUAAGACUCUCGCAACCAUUAAACUGUUGUAACGGGAGCACGAAUGGUGCAUUCCUUUUGAUAAUAAUGGUGUUAACUGGCUGUUUCACCUUGUAACAGCAGGCGAGGCAUUUUGUAACGCUGGUAACAAAGUGGAAGCAAAUGGACCUCCUGCGCUCGCUGGAGUUUGUUUCACGGAGUAUUUUUCCUUCCAUUGUUGGCUGCUACUUCUCUCCCUGUUUCUUCUCUCGCCCUUGCCCCCCCCCACCCCACCCUUAUAGUGAACUGCGGACCUCUCUUGAAUGCAUUGCUCACAACGGCGACAAAAAAAAAAGUUCUUAAGAUUAGUUUGAAUGUUGAAAUCCACUUAUUUUUAUUAUGAAGCGCAAGGGUGUGUCCAGAAACGAAGCCACGUGUUUGUUCUACAUCGGCCCCCAAUUCUAAACCAACCUACGUAUUUGCUGUUCCAAAGUGGCCUUCCCCUGUGACUGCUUUGCAGGGGCCAGUGCUGUCCAUUUGUUCUUUGUGAAACAUUGCGGAUAUUUUGUUCUUGUGUUUCCCACCUCCCCGUCCCCCUCCCAAAUGGUCGACACACAAGUCCGAUGUUAGAAUUUAUGUGUUGGAUCCAUUGGAGGCACUCUUGUGUUUGUGCGGUCUGCAUUUCCUCAAUACGUGCUUUUCGCUUUUCCCUUUUAUCGAUUCAGAUGUGCAUCCAUGGGCAGUGAGCAGUUUUAUUUAUGACUCGGUAUAAUAGUGACGCAGGUGUUCCAAGUGUAAACAUUUUCUUUGUAAUAAAACGACAUAUAUUGUUCAGCAGGA